UGAGAACAGAGAGGUGUCUAGAUCUGAGGAGCACAUCUCCACAAACCCUGUCCUGCAGUCCACUCGUCACAGCCAGAUGAUGUCAUCAGGGAUCCUCGUUCCUGGUUGGCUGCAGCAGCUGCUUGUGUUGCUCCUCAGGUUCACCCUUUCAUGUUCCACCACGGUGAACCUGACCAAUGGGACGGAGUGCACAGCUCGAGGACCCGCCUCCUAUAUCCUUGUGUUUACUGGCCACUGGAGUCCACAGACCUUCCCAAAACAGUAUCCCUUAUUCCGACCCCCUGCACAAUGGUCAAAAUUAAUGGCUGUGACCCAUAAUGAGCAGUACCGACUUUGGCAGGAAGGGACGCUGGCGAGUGCUGGAAUGCAGAGCUUUGCUGAAGUGGGUUUGACAGUGGAGCUGGUAAAGGAAGCAAAGGAGGCAAGGAAGAGAAGGGUGGUGGGGUCCAUGUACCGCACAGCUGGGAUCCUCUCUGGCAUCGGCCACAGCUCCACAGAACUGCUUUUGACGCCCAGGAGUCCACUGCUGUCCCUGAUAGUGAAAGUAAUCCCCAGUCCUGAUUGGUUUGUGGGAGUAGACAGCCUGAACCUGUGUGAGGGCGGCCAGUGGAAACAGGAAGUGACCAUUGACCUGCACCCAUUUGAUGCCGGCACGGAUAGUGGCUUCACUUUCUCCUCACCGAACUUUCCGUCGAUACCACCAGAGAAUAUCACCAUGAUCACCUCUCAGAAGCCAAACCACCCAGCAAAUUCCUUUUAUUACCCUCGGCUAACAGAACUCCCGCCUCUGGCCACCAUUUGGCUGAAGCGACAGGCACGCUCACCUGUCCGUCAACAGAACCGUGUGUCUAAUCACAUUCUGCCCGAUGUAACCAAACCUCAGAGAUUCUCAGAAACACCGCUGGACUGUGAGGUGUCAAUGUGGUCGUCUUGGGGGUUGUGUCAUGGGCCGUGUUCUCGCGGGGGACUGCGCCAUCGCACCCGUUAUAUCCAUCUGAAACCCGCCAACAGUGGCACGCAGUGCCCUGAGCUAGAGGAACAGGAAGAGUGCACUCCACACAACUGCCUCACAUAUCAGUGAUGCCGGUCACGCCACUGGCAUAGACACUUCGACGCUGUCCAAACAGAGAGCCGAGUUUAGCUUCAUGCCAAUGCUGAGUCACUGCUGCAGAAUGCGGGCAAGCCACCCAAAUGGACAUCCAGUGAGCUGCAUUGGCCUCUCUCCUCACUGGAAAAAAAUGCCUCAUAUUUUGUUAAUAGAGACUUUGAUUAUGGGUGCUGUGUUUACAGUAAUCUCAUUGUAUCUUCUUUACAUAGUCGCACUGUACUUCAACAAUGUAGAUCUGUGGAAGAGACAACUUUCAGUUGCCAAAACCACUGUUUCAAAAGUCUUCAUCUUUAUCUCACAACAAUAGCAACCUUUUACAGUAGCCUAGUUGAGUUUUUAAAUGAUUUGACAGAUGGUGUUUUUAACAAGGCAUUAGUAGACUGUAGUUGUCAACUACAGUAGUAGCCCAUUAGAAGUCUGUCAAAGUAAAGUAAUAAUAAUAACAACGACGAUAAUACAAACCUUAUUUUUAAGAUGAAAGAUCAUGCAUUCAUGCAUUAGAAACGCUAAAAAUAAUGUCAGAGAUCAAUGCAGUCCUAUCAUGUGAAGGAGUGCACGUCAUAUCUCAUUUACCACAUAAGGGACUGUUAAUACGUUGUAUAUAUGUUAUAUUUUAUGUUUCUUCUAAUAAUAAAAUAUGGAAUUC